UUUUCCCACUCAGGUCCGCCAACAGCUGUAACAUCUUGUACUAAGGAGAGACCGAGAAUCGCGCUGACAAGUUCAGUUUUAGUCAUGAUGCGAUGUGUCCAGUUGAUCGGGGAUGAACCGCAUCAACAAAACACUCCGAACAAUACGUUUGAAGUUUGAACUUGGACGGUCCUACUACUUUACCGUUCACCGUCACCAUCGGUCGCGGUGUAUGGCAAGUACUUAUGAGCCUGGCCCUUUCACCUCAUGCCGAGUCCAUCCGCUCUUCCACCUCGACAAGUUUGACGUAAUAGGUACACUCACAAGUGGUGCUUAUCAAGAUGUUUACUCUCCACCGCCGAUCCGCACGCUGUCCUAUCUCUUCUCUCCCCAACGAAUUGUUGUAUGAGAUAGCAACAUAUCUUCCAAUUCGCCAUAGUACCAAAGACUUCGUCAACGACAACCGGGAUGUGGCAGCCUUUUCGAUGCUGUCUGGCAGAAUGCGAAGCGUUGCCCUCCCACUACUCUUCCAUGAGAUUUCCAUCACAUCCGAAUCUCAACUUGAGGCUCUUUCCAAAGUUCCAGAAGAUUUAUUGGGUGAAGUCCGGGCACUCAACAUCUUCAUGGACCCAGAGUUCAUCGAUUCCUGGAAAAUUCCCUCUUUAUCAUACGCUUUGAUUCAUAUUCUAUCACAAACGCCCGCCCUUCACGCACUCCGUGUUCUCGUGGCAGAACUGACUGGCCAGUCCUCCGCCUGGAGCCGCUUUUCCUUGGCGGUUACAGCACUUCCUCGAUUCAUUGACGCUCUGGACGAUAUCGAGCCUCUCGUCUUGCUCGCUCCAAAUCUCGAGAUCCUUCGCAUGAACAAAUCUUCUGGAUAUGAGGCUGAUGCGAACACCCAUCUAGUCAAGUCCUUGGCAAAUCUGCCGAACAUUCGUGAACUUGCAUAUUCGCCCGAGUCCCUGAGGAUGAACGAGGAGACUGGUGUUCAAGCAGAGUUGGAGGGAUUGGAAGUGGAGGAUGCGGACGGUAGUACGAAGAAAGAUGAUGGGAGUGUUGGGCUUAUUCACGCUAUUGCCUUGGCCGCACCUUCCCUGGAAACGCUCAACUUGCAGACUCGCUGGUAUGGGGAGGAUAUACGCUUUCCUGAAUCGUCCGAGCCGAUCUCCGCAGAUGCUUUGAAGGAAGCUCUUGAGGUUCUUCCGAGGCUUAAGAGCAUUGCUCUGCCUUCGACUGUCUCCACCUCCGUCGCCGCCUCACUCUCUAAUACCAUCGCGUUGGAACACGCUAUCGCUACUGAACUCGGGAGCGCCAACCUCAAUCUUGAAUUAAUCUCAUUUAUCAGACCCCGCACUAUCUUCAUGGGUCACAAUUCUACUCCCAUCAUUCGCCCAUCAGCGGAGGAUGAUCAAGUUGAUGCACGGACGAAAACAGUCAAGGGCAUUUCAUUGGAGAGGGUGUGGCAUCAGCUCAUCGAUGAGAGGCAGGUUGCCAUGACCGCCAUCAUCGCUGGAGCUAGCGCAUUUGCUGUAUCCGGAGCGGGGAGAUUCAUUGCUUCCCAAUAAAUAUUGGGGAGAUGGGAAUGUUGCAUAACUUAAUGAUUAAAUUAUUAUUAUUUUUUGACAUAACACAUUGUAGCUGCCUCGAGUGAGAAUGG